AGUCAGAGGUGUGGGGACAGGACGGAGCAGAGACGGAGGAGACGCUCGGCUCACACGUGGAGGAACAAACGGAGCCUCGGUUUGGAGGAAAAACUGAGAAAUAACCCGAAGUCGCCACGAGUUGUCCGCCGCUACCUUUUUCUGGGGGGUGAGAUACAACAAUGGUGCUUGAGGAGAACGAUAGGUGACUGCUGGGGGCUCAGGAAAGACGCGCUUUUAGUUAUCGUCCGUCACUGACUGAGAAAAGAAGCCGGGAAGUGGGCGCACAGGGAGAGAGGGGUCAUGGAGAACCUCUGGAGGAGGAGGAGGACGCAGGCGGUGAGAUGGAAAUGGCUGAGAAACUCGCUGCUGCUUUGUUUAUUCACCGGUGGCACCGAGGCUCAGUGUGAGGGCUGUAUCGAGUACUGCUGCGAUGGAUCGCCACCUUUCUGCUGCUCCUACUACGCCUAUGUGGGGGACGUCCUCUCGGGCACCGCCAUCUCCGGUAUCGUUUUCGGCGUGGUGUUUUUGAUGGGGGCCGUGGCGGCCUUGUUCCUGUGCGUGUGCAUGUGCAUGAAGAAUGGGCGGGGGGCGCGGGUCGGCGUGUUCAGCACCUCCUACAUCAACACUGUGACCCAGGGCUAUCCAGGCCCUCCACCUCCCUACACCUACGACUACGAGAUGUACCCUCCCUCCCUGCGCCCCCCGCCUUACACCCCAACUCAGCCUCGGCCAGCAAACUACUCCCCUCCUCCUCCUUACCCUGGCUGCACACGCAAGUGAAAUUCCUGCUGCACAGAUCAUCCAGGUUUCCCAGAUCUGGAGAUGGCUGCACACCUCUGACCUACAAAGCAAUGCUGUUGCUAUUUGGGUUAAAGACAAUUCCAGAUUUAGAGAAGAAAAGGGAGGCACAGUGCAGUUUUGUUCAGCAGGAGUCUGGGCUUAGUGGUGGGGAAAUAAAUAAUAAUUGAACAAGCUGUGGGUCAGGAUGCCCAGACACCACCAGAACGUGUGCAUGUUCUUAUAGACGUAACUGUUAGCAGCCAUUCUGGCCUGCAGCGGGUUCUUUUUCCCCACUAAUAACCAAUAUCCUUAUCCGCCCCCUGCCUGUGCACAUCAAAGGCAGUGUGCCGCUUUGAUGGAGGUGAAGACCACUUUUGUCAGCAUGGAGGGGAACUUCACUCACAUCACGGGAGGAGAAAAGUCUUUCCAGGGGACAAUGUAGAGUCUGCUUUUAUGGAAAGUUAUCUACUGAGGUGGGAGCUGAUGAUUAAAGCUAUUUUAAACAAGUCAUGUCUGGGCCUGCCCUGUGUGUGUGUGUGUGUGUGUGUAGACACAAAGACUUGAACACAAUGGAUAAUAACUUUGACCUAACUGAUGUUAGUGGCACAGACAGCCUGAGAGGACUGGAUGGUACUUGAAACAGUGUGAGGGUGCAAACUGAGCUGGGGGUCACAGCAGGUUCACCUGAACCGGAUCAGAUUCUCUUUGGAAAAAGGAAAAGUUCUACAUCUUGUGCCUCUGGAAAAGUUGAAUUGCAGCUGUAGGCUAAUUAAGGUUUGUAAGUGAGAGUGAAUCGACCUCCCUGUGCUGUGGAUGACUGUGAAUGAUGGAAGCGGUUGAACUGUUAAUCAUGUGUGAGGUGAGUGAUUUCCAGUGUUUCUGUUUC